GUGUCCCUCCCGCGCGUCCCUACCUGUGGCGUAGUUACGGAUUACAGUGUUUAUGAAUGGAGAUUUUAAUGAGAGAAAAAAAAACCGGUUUUUUUUAAUAGAGACCCGAUUUCCGAUUGUCGUGGGAUCGUGAACAGGUUGCAGUGUUAGUGUUUCGAUAUUCAUUUAUAUUUAAAUUAUUAUAUUCUCUGUGUUACAUCUGUGUUCUGUGUUAGUGUUGAGUGAAUUUCUCGAGAAACAUUAUGUGUAGUUCGAAAACUAUGACGCGGUAGACGAACAUUUAAUGGUAAUUCGGGACGAUCCUAACGGUUACUCACAGUGGCGACGAUGACCGAGUGUUAAUAAGUGAUCUUUGACAUAAUAUUAUGUGAAUUGCGUUAAUAAAAAUCGAAAUCAAAAUGGCCGGUCGGUUUUGGAAGAACUUGGCUGUUUUUUGCGUGCUGGCCACGACAGCAGCCUUCCAGCAGCAGUACUUCAGGGUGGUUCCUCGAAGCCUGCGAGUUCAGGAGGGCUCAGAGGCGGUCCUCGAGUGCGCUGUAGCCAAUCUAGCAGGCCAGGUGCAGUGGGCCAAAGAUGGAUUUGCACUUGGUUUCUCAUCAGUGAUCCCAGGGUACCCGAGGUACACGAUGUUCGGUGAUCGUCGGAACGGCGUCUACAACCUGAGGAUCGUCAAUGUCACAUUGGAAGACGACGCGGAAUACCAGUGCCAAGUCGGGCCCGCUCAGAUGCAUAAAGUCAUAAGAGCGAACGCUUCGAUCACCGUUAUCUCCCCCCCUAAAUCGGUAGAGAUCACCAAUCAUCCCCCGAACUCGAAGCUGGAGGUCAAGGAAGGCGAGGACGUGUCCUUGGAAUGCUUCGUGAAGAAUGCCAAGCCCCCAGCGAAGAUCGUUUGGUACAGAGGAAACGUGGAGCUGAAAGGAGAUAAAGUUUCAAAGGAAGAGAUAAAAGACGUCGAAAACCAGGACGGGAAUCCGAAAUCGACGCGUUUCACUACAAAGUCGCGGGUCCAUUUCAAAGCAACAGCUGAUGAUGACUACGCUGACUUCACGUGUGAGGCGAGACACGAGGCUCUCCCGAGGGACACCCCAAUGAGGAGUACGGUGCAACUCAGCGUUCUAUAUCCGCCUGGAGCGCCUUACAUCGAAGGAUACGCGGAAGGAGAAACCGUCCGCCGCGGACAGAGCUUGGAGCUGGUCUGCAGAAGCCGUGGGGGUAACCCGCCAGCGCAGCUGAUCUGGUACAAGAACGGCGAGCAAAUCCGCAUGGCCUACAGAACUAGUGGAAGGAUGUCUGAAAACGUGCUCUCCUUCACGGCCGAUGCGUCUGAUAACAAAGCGCGUUACAGUUGUGAAGCCAAGAAUAUCAUGAUCAGCAACACGCUGAAGGCUGAGAUCGACCUGACUGUGCUCUUUGCUCCUGCCCACGUCACUAUAUCUGGACCCUCUGAAGCGAGAGUCGGCGACCCAGUUCCCCUGACCUGCAGUACAGCUCCUUCGAAUCCAGCUGCUGAGAUCAAGUGGCUGGUCAUAGGGAAGCACCAUAAAGAAGCUAGUAACAGAACCGUUAUUUCUCCAGAAGGUGGCUGGAUUACCUCGUCCAACAUAACCGUGAUAGUGGAACCGAAUAGAAGGUCAAUAGUAGUGGUGUGCCACGGCAUCAACGCUCAGCUGACGGAAAACGUGAUCGCCACUCACACCAUCAAUGUCUUGUAUCCACCUUCGGCGCCCAUGAUAACUGGCUACGUGCCCGGCACAACCCUCGCUGCCGGAACAGUUCAGAAGCUGGCCUGCAUCUCGACUGGAGGGAACCCUUUGGCCACUCUCACGUGGUUUAAGAAUGACAAAAAGAUACAUUCAACAACUAAGACAACGGACAAAGCGGUGUCAGCAGAGAUCUCGAUCCUGACCAAUGUGACUGACAAUCAGGCCCAGUACAGAUGUGAGGCCACGAACAGUGCGACCGAGAUACCGCUCUUUGAAACAGUCACACUAAACGUACACUUCGCACCUGAAGCUGUCAAGGUCCGAGCUGAACCCGACGUGCUUAAGCCGGGAAUCGAAGCGACACUGAUCUGCGACUCCGCGUCUAGCAACCCGCCUGCCACCCUGUCGUGGUGGCGUGAUGGGAUCCCAGUUCAAAGUGCUCCGAUGCAGCUCAAGAAAGGUCUGCACGGGGGUAAAGUGUCUACAAUAGAACUGAAACUCAGCAUCACUAAGGAGAUGAACGGUGCUGUCUACACGUGCCAGGCAACCAACGAAGUCCUGCAGAGAAGCGUCCAUGAUGCUUUAGCCUUGAAGGUUUUGUAUGCACCAAUAUUCGACGACACGACAUCUUACAACACAGUGGGAAUCGAAAACGAGCCGUUGAUAAUAUCGGUCAGAGCGGAUGGCAACCCGCCCAGCAUCACCUACACGUGGACGAAGGACGGCCUUCCCAUCACACAGUCCUCCUACAGCAGCGGCAAUGACAGGAUAAUAUCAGAAGGCAGCAUGCUGAACAUGACGAAAUUGACUCGUCACGAUGCCGGGAUAUACACUUGUGAGGCUGUGAACUCUCAGGGAGCUGCUGUCGCCAAUAUUUCCGUAUCAGUACACUAUCCAGCGGGUAUUAAGUCGGUGUCUCAAAAUGUGGUUGCGAACCCAAACGAAGACGCCGUUUUGUCUUGCACUGCGAUCGGAAAUCCUCUAUUAGCGGAGCACAUUAAAUGGGAACGCAAAGGGUACAAAAUCGACCCCAAGUCUGUAACUUUUGAACCGAAGAAUCUCACAAGUUAUUUAAUAAUACGCAAGGCAAAAAGCGAGAACUUGGGUAAUUUUCAGUGUGUGGUCAACAAUGGUAUUGGAAGUCCGACUAAACAAGACGUUAUGCUUAUAGUUAAGUUCAAACCUGAGAUGGACACUUCACCUAACUUAGUCAAAUCGGCCUCAAAUGUUGGACAAGUUGGACGUUUGAUGUGCAAAUGCAAAUCAGUGCCAGCGCCUAGCUUUACCUGGUCCAAAAAUGGAGUGAAGCUACCUGUAAAUACAUCUACGAAAUAUUUCGCGGAGUUCCACAAGAACGAUCACAUCACCUACACCUCGGUGCUGCUCAUCAAUGACGUGACCACUUCAGACUAUGGGUCUUACGAGUGUGGCGCCAGGAACGAGCUUGGGUUCAGUACCACGACGGUGAAAUUAGAUGUGACCAGCGCACCAGAUCAAGUGGUCUCGCUAACCGUGACAAAUGUAACUCACAGUACGGUGACAUUGGAGUGGGUACCAGGCUUCGACGGAGGACUGCAAUCUUGGUAUAGAAUUCGAUAUAGAAAAGUGUUCGAUGACUCGUACAAGUACGAGGAUGUUCUGCCCAAACACGCUACGAACUUCACCGUUCGCGGACUCGAGAAGAACACCGAUUACAUAUUCUCCGUGAUGGCUAUUAACAAAAUAGGGCAAAGCAAAUACAGACCGGACGACACGAAGGCGACGACGCUGACUUCUUCGGAAGUAGGCGAACUGAGUACGGUAUCCACUGAAUACGUAGAGACACCUGACAUAUCCAAGCCUGUCAUUGUUUACGUGUCUCUAACAGGAGCCGUCUUAGUAUUGAUAAAUGUCGCAUUGAUCGCUUGUUUCGUUUGGAAGCGACGUUUGAGGCGCAUCAAAGAACAAGCCGGCCAAGCUUCCAAAUCAGCCACAAUAGAGAUGUACGCUCCAUCGUCAUACAACGACACCAUGACCGGAGAAACCCUCAGCUCCGUAUCUGAGAAAUCCGAAACUUACUCCCAGGACGACGGCGAUGAGAGGCACCCUCCGCCGAUCCCUGAGGUGCCGUCUAUACACAAUAGACACAUGCUUAGUCAGACAACUGAUGCGUACCUAAUGGAGGACCAGGGUCUAGUGAUCCCACCACCCUUGGAUUACCCCCCGCCGAACUACGCAGUGUACGACGGCGACCACUCCAGGACCCUGCCCCACCCUCACAGGCACAAGGACAUGAGUGGACACAGCACGCUGGGCAGAAGCGCUGGUAAGCCGAAUUACGUACCAGCUCCAAGUCCGAUGCCGCCACUCGACGGCUCCUACUACAACAUGUCCUCGGACAGGUACCUGUCGUACCCACCACUCAUCGGGGAGUAUCUGCAACAGGCCAACUCGUUUGGUAGAGGCGUUGAGAAGUCGCAAUACGACCGUAAGACCACUUUCACUUACCAGACCUCAAAGGUACAGUAA